AUGCGCAUGGCUGGGUUCGAACUCAAGACCUACAACUUGCUCAUAAAUGAGAACAAAGAAAACAUUGACAAUAAUGAUGUAUCACGGCUUAGGCAACAUCUUCAACAAAAUAAUGGUGAAGAACUGGCUGAAGAAGAAAUCAACUAUUCGACCAACUUGAGCUCAACAUCUUUAUCAGACAACGAGCUAAUUGUUACAGAAGAACAAGAAAAUGACAAUAAAACACCGUCAUUAGAAGGGAAUCGAUUAGUCGACAUCGGUUAUCUUUUCAGUCAGCUUGCAACCAUGUCGCAUCAUCCAUUUGACUGUAAUUUUACCUCUAUGAAUUUUAUGAAAGAAAAAAGGAUAGAUAGAAAAGAUAUUACAUUCUCAAGAAACCAACCAAAAAGACUGCUAGUGUAG